AUGCUAUUAUCACCAGCUGAAAAGCAAUAUCUUUAUGAUUCAUUGAGUCAAUCACAAAUAAUAAGACCAGAUUCAAGAUCAAAUCAACAACAUAGACCAUUAGAAGCAACUACAUCAUUUUUACCAGGUUCAAAUGGUUCAGCCAGGAUAAGACUACUGGAUGGUAGUGAAUGUAUAAUAAGUAUUAAAUCAAAAGUCAUAACGUAUGAUCAGAACACCACUCCGAAUUUAAUUGAUUUCGAUAUUGAUAUUAUUGGAUAUAGAGAUGAUUCAAAUUAUAUUACAAAUUUGAAAUUUCAAUUAUUGAAUCUUUUACAACAAAAUUUUCCCGUUGAUUUAUUGAAAUUAACUUCAAGAUAUGCAUUUAAGUUAUUUAUUGAUUGUGUUAUUAUAAGUCAUACUUCAUAUCCAUUAGGUUUAAUAAGUUUGGGGACUUAUUUAGCUUUGAAAACUUUAAAAUUACCUUUAUUAAUCAGUAAUAAUGACGAUACGGAAGUUGCUGAAUUACCUACAUUUUCAGAUGAUUGGGAUAAUGCUCGAACUUUACAAGAAAUAUUGGAUUCUCAAAACUCAAGUGAUAAAUUUUUCCAACCACCAAUAUUUAUAAUUAUUGGAGUAGUGGGGAAUAAUUUAAUAUUUGAUCCAUCAGUUGAAGAAGAACAAGUAUUGGAGAAUGGAUUAAUUGUUAGUUUUUAUGAUGGGAAAGUCAUCACACCUAUAAAUAAUACUAAUUUUGCUAUAAAUUCAAAUAAUUCGAAUUUCAAAGGUUUAAAUAAAAAUCUUUUAAUUAAAUCUAUUGCAUUAUGUAAUAAAUUUUGUCCAUCAAUUAUAAAAGCAUUGGAUACGUUAAUAGAGCAAGAAGACGACGCAGAAAGAUCAGUGUUCUAG